UCACUCUAGAGAGGGCAGCGUAGCUUCUUCGGGGGGAAGGGGCCCCCCACGUAUCCAGCGGCUCGUCAAGGGGGUAUAAAGGUUGCGUAGGCUCAUCCACAGAGUCACAGAAAGAGGCGGCAUCGCAGAAGCCGACAUGAAUCCAUUGAUCGCGUGCAUGGUUGUGGCCCUAGCCGGGCUCGCUCUGGCUGAGCCCCCGGUAUCCUCGGGAUACAGCUACAGCGGCCCCAGCCUGAUCGGAGGCGGCGGUAGCUACUCCCACGGAGGCGGUGGCGGCGGUGGCUACUCACACGGAGGCGGCGGCGGUGGCGGCGGCGGAUACACUCAAGUCGGUACCGGAUACCAGACCAGCGAAGGCGCUUCCGUCGACGGAGCCCUGCUCGAGCAGAUCCGGCAGAUCCUCCUGAAGGAGGAACUCCAGUCCCAGCAGAGCGGCGGAUUCGGAGGCAGCGGCUACGCGCCCAGCUCGAGCUACGGCGCCCCGUCUCCGCAAUACGGCGUCCCCAGCCCGCAAUACGGAGUCCCGAGCUACCAGACCCGCGUCGUCGGCGUUGAUCUCGAGGGAAUCAGACAGGCCAUCCAGGUCGCCCAGUUCAACCAGAUCACCCACGGACCCAGCUUCAGCGGCUACCCAAGCGGACCCAGCUCGAGCUACGGGGCCCCGAGCAGGCCGAGCGGCAGCUACGGCGCCCCCUUCUAGGCGAUAUUUAUGAAAAACUAGAAUAGAGAAGAAGACCGGAGGCAACCGUCGACGAAUUCCGCGCACCGAGUCCGGGGAGAACGAUUACGAAACGGCGUUUUACCGACAAAACGAAGCGUACGAGUAUUACCGAAACUGUGCACUUUAUGUCCUGCCUUGACGAAGACUGAACAGUCGUAGCUUCAUCAGGGCAGGAUUUGGAGGCUGGGGGAGGAUCGUCAGCCCUGGAAUAAUAUCAGACGCCAGCAUUCGCGGAUUGACCGAAGCUAGCCGAAGAAGAACCGCGCUAGCUAGAUACGUAUAUCGGUACCGAGACCUGAUCGACGCAGACGAACUUGUUGCCUUAUAAUUACAAUCGCACAACGGCCGAACAUCAGCCUAUCUUCUUGACGAGGACACCGAAAAUCCAAGAAGAGAGAUCGGAAUAAAAAUUUGAUCUCGAUUUCGCGCUUUCUAUCAAAUUGCGCGCUGUAAAUACAGCACGAGAGUUUUAGCUAUAAACGGGGAGAAGUUUGGGUCGAGAUUCUUUUGGGCAUUCCGAGAAACUGGAACUUAAUUUUAGUGCCAGAAGAUACAAAUGUGGAGAAAAAAAAAACAUCAAACCGACACACGGAAAUAUUUGAGUCUCGUACCUGAACGUGCACACCUGAUACA